GCCAUGGAGCCCCUCCUGACGCUGGCGCCGCUGCUGCUGGCCGCGAUUGCCCCGGCGGUGCGUGGGUGCCCGCCGCACUGCUCCUGCUUCAGGAGGACCUCCGAGGUCUUCUGCGACAGUGCCAACCUCACGUCCGUGCCGUCGGCUCUGCCCGCGCACACCGUGCGUCUCUCCCUGGACCGCAACGCCAUCGCCAGCCACAACCUCGACCUCAGGUGCUUCGCGUGGCUGCGGAGCCUCCAUGUGGGCAGCAACGGGCUGACGGCCUUCCCGCGGGCCCUUCCGCCAUCCCUGACCAGCGUCGACGUGAAAGGCAACAAUCUGACUUCGCUCGGCAGGGACACCUUCGCCGGACUCAAGUCGCUGAGGACUCUGGACUUAGAGGGGAACCAGAUUACGUUGGUGGACGACCGGGCGUUCUCGGACCUGCGGGGGCUGCAGGACUUGAACCUCCGCGGGAACCAGCUGAGAAGCGUCCCUGCCAAUCUCCCGCCGUCGCUCGUCAAGAUCGAUCUGUCAAGGAACAAUAUUGUCCAGCUGACUGGUGCUGUCUUCUGGGGCUUACUCAACCUCGCGUCUCUUAUCCUGAGUGACAAUGCUGUCCAGCGACUCCCCGAGAGGACUUUUGACCAUCUGACCAGCCUGUCCCGAAUCUCGCUCGAGGGCAACCCCUGGGUGUGCGAUUGUGCCAUCGUCUACCUCUACCAGUGGCUGUGGGACACGAGAAAGAAGAAUCGGGUUGUGUGCGACAGCCCUCAAAGGUUAAGGCUGAGGGCACUCCUCACACUGUCCCUGGGCGACAUCUGUCCAGUAGACAGGCCGCCCGACGAUCAUGUCACGAGUACACUCUCCACGCACACCCCUGCGCUCUCUCCCACCAAAAUCUCCGAGCGCUUCCACGUGGACGCAGUACGAGACUCGACCGGGCUCGUCGUGAAUACUCCACCGUUGUCUACAACGAUUUUCCAAAGCAUCGAAGGUAUUCCCGUGCACGGUUACUUGCCGCAAAACCGAGCCUCUGCAGAGACAGCCGCGCCGCAGUUGCACCAGUCGCGGUCGGGGCGAGAGUUUCCGCAGAAUAGCCUGAUGCCAUCCAUGGGGCUCUGUUCGCCAAGCCCUGCCGCCCAGCAAUCCAUGCAAUGGUCACCCUCCCCGCCCUCCCCGCAGGAGGUGACCUCCACCUGGCACGGGUCGACCAUGACGGCGAGGGGGCCUCCCUCCACGGACGUGGCCGACCCGCGUCACCACGUCCAGCCCGUGCCUUCCAUCCCGGAGAUGGGACGUGCGUGCGACGGCACCAAGAAGGGUGCCCGGUGCUUUUCUCUCAAGAGCAACCUCAGCGACGGGGAGGAGGAUGAGCGGGAUGACGGGUCCCGCUCCACGACCGCUGGGGCCCCAAGGCCCUCGCUGUUGCAGCAGCAGCAGCAGCAGCCGUGGAGCUCCGAUUGCGGAGCAAGCUGCAGCAGCAGCAGCGGCGUCGUCUCGCAACCGCUUUCGUUUACGUGGGGAACUGCCGAGGGCCCCCUGGGGCCCACGCGGACGCCGCACGCGCUCGCCCACGGGGAGCCCAGCUCGGCCCCGGCAGGUGGAACGCAAGCGGCGGUGGCCGAGGCCACGCCGGCUUGGAGGGCCACGGGGACGCCCGGGGGAGGCCUCCCCCUCCAAGGCGGCCAUUCGGCUCGGCAGAAGAGGACAAUAGCCAUCAUGGUGCUGGUUGUGCUGCUGGUGGGCGCGCUGGCCGUGCUCUGCUGGAGGCUGGUGCUGUGGCCUUGCUUCGUGCGACCCGCUGCAGCUGCAGCAGGGAGGGGACCCCGAGCUACGCAAGGGAGCCCUCGGAGCCAGCAAGGGACGCGUCCUGACAUCUCGAGAGUGGAGGGAACGAAAGGACCCAUGGCUCGAUCCCUGCUUCUCCCUUGGUGCAUCUUGCUGCUGCUGCUGCCAGACUCCGGCGCAGCUACUAAAUGUGUCAGCACAAGUUUGUGGAAGCAGUGCGACUGCCUGGGCGCGACAGUGAACUGCGCCGGCCUCGGCAUGAGACAGGCGCCGAGCGGCGUCGUGCCCAAUGCGAGCGAGGUGCUGCUGCAGAACAACCUCCUGGUGAACGUCAGCAACGUGUUCGCCAACUGGAGCACCCUCCUGUCGCUCAACAUGAGCACGAACCUCUUCGGCGGCUUCCCCGUGGGGCUGCCGCCAAGCCUCACAUCGCUGGACCUGACCAGGAACGUGAUCUUGAGCGUCGACCCAUGGGCCUCGGGAAAGUUAAAAUCUCUGAGCCGCUUGUACCUCAACAACAACCAGCUGUCCAGCGUGAAAGAGGGAUUCUUCGAGUCUCUGCCAGCCCUCACGUUCGUGUCGCUGCACAGCAAUCAGUGGACGUGUGACUCCUCCAACAGCUACCUGUGGAAUUGGCUUAACAACACCAACGUCACGGUGCCGCAGGACGUCAUCUGCAUGUUGCCGCUCUCAAUCCGUGGAACCAAGAUGAAAGACCAGCCGGCCAGUUACUUCGCCCCCACGGUCGCCCCAACAACUCCUCCUACUACGCCAGCGGCGACAUCUUCAUCGUUACCAUCUUCAUCUCCAGGUCCGUCGUCGCCAUCGUUGUCAACAACGCCAUCAUCGCCAUUGUCUUCCGCCGCCACGUCAAGUCUCCCGUCCAUAUUAACGUCGACGAGUGCUGCCAGCUCCAUCACCUCAUCUCCAGUGUCCGCGUCAUCUGUGGCUCUGGCUCAAGCGGCCAGCUCCGUGGGCAUCACCUCAACGCUCUUGAUGCCGACACCGACGCUUGCUACUUCUCCCAAUCUCGCCACAUCCCCUCUCCCCAGUGCCCUUCAGUCGAGGGUCUCCACGAGUCAAGCAUCGAGCAGCCCGGCAUUACCGUUGGGUUCUUCAAGCCUGCAGGCUUCAUCAUCGACCGACCCAUCGCUCAUCAUCUCCUCUACCUCGUCUAUUCCGCCAACAAUGGUAUCCUCAACACCACCGCUGGCUUUGACCUCAUCCCAAAGUCCAGCGACUUCGGCGUCUUUGUCCACAGCGCCGAUGGUGCCAACGCCAUCUCAGUCGAUCAUCUCAGCUGUAUUCACGUCAGUAGCGGGGUCGGCAAGUGCUCUUCUGCUCUCUCCCGUCUCCACAGUCAGCACGACCUCGACGUCCACCAUUACUUCUCUGAUGGCAUCGAGCACCGUUGACCCAACGGCUGUGACCAUUACGAGCUCCACGGCUAUCACCAGCUCCAUGGGUAUUGCCACGCUGGGCACUGCUACACCACAGCUGUCCUCAAUAACUUCUCCAACGGUGUCCACUACGGAUAUUUACAACAGCAAUAGUUUAAACAGUGUCCUGGCAUUCACAUCCACGUCGUCCGUCCAAGUGACCGUUUACUCCUCUCCAUCAUCAUCAUCAUUACCAUCAUCAUCUCUGCUACAGACCUCAUACCUUGGGAUGCUGUCUUCAUCGUCGUCAUCAGCAUCAUAUCCCACAGUCGUGACACCAUCCAUCGAAAUGCUGAGUGGCAUCUUUUACAUUUCCACCCACACCUCAGGUCCCUCAUCCUCCACCUCCAGCUUCAAUUCUGCCUCUCCAAUCUCCACCUCAGGUCCCACAUCCUCCAGCUUCAUUUCUGCCUCUUUAAUCUCCAUUCAGGUCCCUCAUCCUCCACCUCCAGCUUCAAUUCUGCCUCUCCAAUCUCCACCUCAGGUCCCACAUCCUCCAGCUUCAUUUCUGCCUCUCCAAUCUCCUCCUCGGGUCCCUCAUCCUCCACCUCCAGCUUCAUUUCUGCCUCUCCAAUCUCCACCUCAGGUCCCACAUCCUCCAGCUUAAUUUCUGCCUCUCCAAUCUCCUCCUCGGGUCCCUCAUC